GCUUCGCCUCCUGCUGUCUGUCUUCCCGCUCUUUACCCUCAGAGCCUUCCUUAAGAAGUUUCAAGUCUCCUGAGAUUUUCCUGGACAGAGAAACCUCAUUGUAACCAAACCAAAAUGCAAAGCCCUAAUGGCUUGAAGGUGGGGCAAGAAGGAUGAUUCUAUUGGUAGUAAAUCUAACUCAGGGGUCCUUUAAGAGUGUCCAGAAAGUACGAAAAGAAGAGCCGAUGCCUCCCGGGCCUGGGGUACUGGAGUUAGGGACAGCUGACACCAGUGCUUCACUUGGUCCAGAAGGCGCCUGGACAAAGGCAUCCUUUCCGGGCCCGCUUGUUCCUCCAUUGUCGCCAGAGGGCGUAGCAUGGUGCUGGUGCACAGCGCGUGCGCAGCAGGCGCAAAGGUUUCUGCAGGCCGCAGCGGAAGACAUGAAGACUGCAGCGGCGGCUGGGGAGGUCAGCGUUGACGGGCGGCCGAAGCUGGCACUGUGCGUCCUCUGCGGCUUGCCGGCGGCCGGAAAGUCGACCUUCGCUCGUGCGCUGGCCCUCCGGCUGCGGCAGGAGCGGAGCUGGGCAGUGGGCGUCCUCUCCUACGACGAUGUGCUGCCCCCCGCGCUCCCGGAUGACGUUAGCACACAACCUCGGCCAUCCCAGUGGAAAAUGUUUCGGCAAGAACUGUUAAAGCACCUGGAAUGUUUCCUCGUCGCGGUCAUUAGUGGGGGUCAGAUGUCUGCCCCACCCAACAGGACUGAAACCAUGUGGGAAGAUUUUAUAACUUGCUUAAAAAAACAGGAUUUGAUCUUUUCUGCAGCACAUGAGGCUCAGCCUUGCCAGCUCUUGGCAAAAACUGCUGCUUCUAGACGUUUGUUUUUGGUGUUAGAUGACAACUUUUAUUACCAAAGUAUGAGAUAUGAAGUCUACCAACUGGCUCGGAAAUAUUCACUGGGCUUUUGCCAGCUCUUUUUAGAUUGUCCCCUGGAAACAUGUUUGCUGAGGAACGGCCAGAGACCCCAGCCACUGCCUAAUGAGACCAUCCGCCUCAUGGAGAGAAAGAUAGAAAAGCCCAACAGUGAGAAAAAUGCCUGGGAACACAACAGCCUCGUAAUUCAGAGUUCAUCAUGUUCCUUGGAGGCCAGCCUGGAGGUGACUGAUUUGUUGCUUACUGCUUUGGAAAAUCCCAUAAAAUGUGUUGAGGACAAUACGGAACAAAAGGAAACAGACAGAAUUAUUUGUUCUACUAACAUCCUCCAUCAAGCUGAUGAAACACUCCGCAGAACCAUCUCUCAGACAAUGAAGGAAGCCAAAGAUGAGAAAAUACCUCUUAAUAACUUGAAGCGUCUAGCAGAAGACCUUAACAAGCUCAAAGCAGAUUUUUUGGAAGAUCUACGACAAGGAAACAGACGAUAUCUGUGCUUUCAGCAAACCACUGACUUAUCAGAUAUUAUUUCUUCUUUUUGUGAUGAGAGAGAUACCGUUGUGCAGAAGUAUUUUUCAAAGCAACAUUAAACUUUCUGAAUUUCUAAUCAGACUCCUGACUUGGGUAAACUUUUGCAAACAAUUUUGUAUGACUGGGUG